AGGUCUCUGGUCUGCUCCUCUAACUUCCCUAUUUUAGAUCCCUUCUCUGUUUCGUUCCUUCACUAUCUAAAGUACCCAAAACACCAAAAUUAAAGCUAACAAAUUCCUUUACAAUGGCGGACGAAGCCAAAGCUAAAGGCAACGCCGCCUUUUCUUCCGGCGAUUUCAACACCGCAAUCAAACACUUCACUGAAGCUAUAAACCUUUCUCCGACCAACCACGUCCUUUACUCUAAUCGAUCCGCCGCUUACGCUUCUCUCCUCCAAUAUGAUGCCGCGUUAUCUGAUGCGAAAAAGACCGUCGACCUUAAACCGGACUGGUCGAAAGGUUACAGCAGGCUCGGCGCGGCUCACCUCGGUUUACACCAAUACCAGGACGCCAUUUCGGCCUAUAAAAAGGGUCUCGAGAUUGAUCCUAAUAAUGAAGCCUUGAAGUCCGGCUUGGCUGAUGCUCAAUCGGCGGCGACGGCUUCGGCUUCGGCUUCGGCUUCGGCUUCCCGGUCUAGGGCAGCGUCAUCGCCUAGUCCUUUUGGUGACGCUUUUCAGGGCCCGGAGAUGUGGGCGAAGUUGACGGCGGAUCCGACGACUAGGGUUUAUUUACAGCAGCCGGAUUUUGUUAAGGCGAUGCAGGAGAUUCAGAGAAAUCCUAGCAAAUUGAACGAGUAUUUGAAAGAUCAGAGAGUUAUGCAAGCUUUGGGGGUUUUGUUGAAUGUUAAGUUUAAGGCACAUGGAGCUGGGGAUGACAUGGAGGUUUCGGAGGCUGAUUCACCACCACCUCCGCCGCCUUCACAACCGGCUAAGGAGGAGGUGAAGAAGCCAGAGCCUGAACCUGAACCAGAACCGAUGGAAAUUACGGAAGAGAAGGAAAAGAAGGAGAAAAAGGAGAAAGCUUUAAAGGAGAAGGAGGCUGGAAAUGCUGCAUAUAAGAAGAAGGAUUUCGAGACGGCUAUUCAGCAUUACACGAAAGCAAUGGAGCUUGAUGAUGAAGAUAUUUCGUUCAUCACCAAUCGGGCUGCCGUUUAUUUGGAAAUCGGCAAGUAUGAGGACUGCAUUAAAGACUGUGACAAGGCUGUUGAAAGAGGUAGAGAGCUCAGAUCAGACUUUAAAAUGAUAGCAAGAGCUUUGACCAGGAAGGGAACUGCUUUGGUGAAGAUGGCGAAAUCCUCAAAAGAUUAUGAACCAGCUAUUGAGACUUUCCAGAAAGCUCUUACAGAGCAUCGCAAUCCAGACACAUUGAAGAAACUAAAUGAUGCAGAAAAAGCAAAGAAGGAACUGGAACAACAAGAGUAUUUUGAUCCUAAGAUAGCUGAUGAGGAGCGUGAGAAAGGGAAUGAAUGUUUCAAGCAGCAGAAGCAUCCGGAGGCUGUAAAGUAUUAUACAGAAUCAUUGAGAAGGAACCCCAAUGAUCCAAAGGCGUACAGCAAUAGAGCUGCAUGCUACACUAAAUUGGGUGCAUUGCCUGAGGGAUUGAAAGAUGCUGAGAAGUGCAUUGAGCUCGAUCCAACCUUUUCUAAGGGUUACACAAGAAAGGGUGCUAUUCAGUUCUUCAUGAAGGAGUAUGACAAAGCUUUAGAAACAUACCAGGAAGGGUUGAAACAUGAUCCUAAUAACCAGGAAUUGCUUGAUGGUGUUAGAAGAUGCGUAGAACAGAUUAACAAAGCUAGUCGAGGUGAUUUGAGCCCUGAAGAAUUGAAGGAAAGACAGGCCAAGGCAAUGCAAGAUCCAGAAAUUCAAAACAUUCUCUCAGACCCAGUCAUGAGACAGGUGUUGAUUGAUUUCCAGGAGAAUCCAAAGGCAGCCCAGGAGCACACGAAGAAUCCUAUGGUGAUGAACAAGAUUCAAAAGCUGGUCACUGCUGGGAUUGUCCAGAUCAGAUAAAUGUGAAGAAAAAUUUAAGUACUUUUACUUUUUCCAGUUCAGUAAAUUUGUACUUUGCUGUGUGAAUUUGGAUGGAUUAAUUCAUAAAAACUAGUUUCAGUUGGAAA